ACAGGGCGUUUCUGUAGAGCACGCUGCUCGCUUGACUCGGCGCUAUAAAAGCACGCUCCUCGCUGACAACCAUCAGUCCCGACCAACACGCGCCAUUGCCAACAUGAUCGCUCAGUUUACGGUGGUGCUGACCCUAGCAGCCGUAGUUUUCGCCGGUGGCUACGGUGGCUACGGACACCAUGGUGGUUCCAGUAAGACCUACAGGAAACAAAACGACCACGGCCACUACAGCUUCGGCUACGACAUCGUGAAUGGGUACGGCGCCGUCAACGGCCGCCACGAGACCGGCUCCGCGUACGGCCCCGUGCACGGUUCCUACUACCUCGGCGACAUCGACGGCCGCCACCGGCAGGUGCACUACGUGGCCGACAAGCUCGGGUUCCGCGCUGUCGUCAAGACCAACGAGCCUGGCACCAAGAGUAGCUUGCCGGCGGCUGCUCCUUACCACUCGGCGCACGGCAAGGCGGUGCCUGCCUACGGACACGGUGGUUACGGAGGAUACGGUGGAUACGGCCACGGAUAUGGUGGAUACGGCGGAUACGGCGGAUAUGGUGGAUACGGAGGCUAUGGCGGCCAUGGUUUCUACGGAUAGAUAAUCUUCAUUCCUUCAAUAUUUCAAUGUUUUCAAGUUGCUGUGAGCUGUCCCGUCCGCGUUCCAUAUCUGCUUCCGAGUUCCAUCCUCCUGCUCCUUUCUUCCUUCGAGCUGCUCUUUGACGAAGGAACGACACGUAAUCUUCAAGGCGGAGAAAGGAAGACCUCCCAUGUGCUCGCCCAUGUCACAUUGACAACGGACCUUAGGAACACCUCCUUCUGUUUGCUGCUGUCACCUACUUUGUGUUUUUUGUGAUAUCGUGGAAUUGAAAUGUUCCUGCCUGCGCUUGAUGUGUGAAACGUGUAAAUAUAUUUACAAUUUGCUCACACUAGUACAUGCGCGUCACGUUCUUUAAAAU